GAGACUUCUCGGCUGGGGCGUCAAAGGGCUCAGGAUAUCCUGGGCUGGAGACACCGCGCGCCUCAAGGCACUUCCGCUGGACAAGCAGAUGCGAAAUACCGCUCUUGCAGCACUGGCUGCAGAGACCACGGCUUCUGUUGGUGACGCGCUUGGUGAGACAUAUGACGAUAGCUCCGACAAUAGCACCGAUGAGGGUCAGGACGAGGCCCUGGGAACAUCUGCCGCAGUGGGUGCAACCAUUGGAGUCGUGGUCGGCGCCACCGUUGGAGUGAACUGA